CAACAACUAUCAGAAACAAUGGAAUUUUUCUUCUUGAAUGAUCUUCCAAUGACGGUUUAGUUGGCUCUUGAUGAUUUCCUUCUGCAUCAAAGUAAAAAUUCAGUUAGAUUCUACUUUGUUUUAGUUCUUUCCAUUUAUACUUUGUAUUAAUUCAAAAUAUGUCUUAACUUCAGGACAGUCUUGCUGAAGGGGGAUUGUAAGAUAAAAGGGAACGCCUCAAUAAUUUUUACCGUAUCACUCUCAUUCACGGUUAGCAUCAAGCUGCAUAACCCCAACACACAUUCACUAAAUUAAAGAAUAUUUAUUCGUAAAGCUUUGCAUGAAAUAGUAAUCAUGGAGAAAAAGCUCCGCCAAUUGAGGGAAAUGCGCCUCGUUCUGGCACCCGCACGAUCCGUGCUUCCCCGGCCGCCGGCCAGUCUGGAAACCAGGAGAUAGUGAUAGCGGAGCCCGAAGUUGAAGAUUCAUCCUCCGACGACGACAUUCCGCAAACAGUUACCGCUGCUUUGGCUGGCAAGCGCAGCCGCUCGGACCCUCGCACUGACCCAUGGGAAGAGGAUGAACCAAUCGCUGAUCGACUGGUUCGUCGCCGGUCCUCCAGACAAGCUAGGGAAGGAUCUUCGGCUGCUGGUGAAGGGACAUCUGCCUCGCAGGCCCAAGCGCCUACAGAUUCCGGUAAUCUUCCACCUCCUGCCAGUACUGCGUGUGAUGCGCAAUUGGCCUCAAUUCUGGUACAGGUCAUCGACGACAGCUCGCCUGAAUUAGAAGAAGGGACAACUCCUUCAAAAGCACAGCCUGAGGAACUGAUCGCCUCAUAACCCCUAGCACAAAUAGCGUUUGAUCCACUUCCCGAUGAAGCAGCUCAAGACCCUACACCGAUAGCAAUCCUGCCCGAGCCUCCGGUCGUAGAGAGUUCUGGUCCUGCUGAGGAAGCAGUUAUCCCUGCGGAAGUACCUGUCGCUGACCCUGCUGAACCAGUCAGUGAAGACAUGGUGAUUCAGGAGCCUGCCCCCCACGCUCUUGAAGUAGAAGAAGGGGUGAAUGCUGAACCAGAGCCGGAAGUAGCCCCUAUUAUGGAGCCUCAGGAAGCCCCCACUACUGCUGCUGUUCCAAGUCCAUUGCCUGAGCCUCCUUCCAGAUUGGAAAGGCUUGUUCGCCUACUCAAAGUGGCCUCUCCCGGAGUUAUAGAUGAAGCAAGGGAUGGGCUGCAACGCCUUCCGAGUCCCGAGAUCCUACUACCGGGUGCGUCUGCCAGAGCUCAGGAAUACUUGAUGGUUCUCAACCGCGAGCGAACCAUCACUGAGGCUGAGUUUACCGAGAUAUAUGAGCUACUACAAAACCUUCCCAAGCAGAUUAAUGAAAGAGCAACCGCAACUGCACAGUCCAGGCAUGCUCAGGCCCACUAUCGGGGCCUCACGCAACAGACAGAUGCUUCUCGCGACCUUCUGGGAGAUAGGGCUAUCCUUGUUAGAGAUUUGCGAAUUAUGCAAAAUCGUCUUCGGACCCAAAUCGAGGAACUUCAAGCCCAAUUGACAGCGGUCACGGCCCGACUUGAACAUGAGGAACCUUUGCUAGAGCAGCCUCUAGCGGCCUUCGAAGCAUUGUCUCAAGAGUUAGCUCAAGCUCGUGAAGCCUCUCGUCAAGCAGAACGAGUUGCUGCCGACACUAGUUUUUGUCUGGACGAACACCUACUUCGCUUGACCCAUGCGGGCCGAAAAAUUUAGGCCUCUUAUAUCAGGCCCUUUUGUAUGAACAAUAUUAUUAUGUUAAA